CAAGCUCUACGGUCUUAACAGGUGCUGUUUCGCCUGCCCGGCGACUGCUGUCGAGAUGCCGGGGGCUACGGAGAAGGGCUCGGAGCUGUCCGAGAGGAUCGAGAGCUUCGUGGAAGCCCUGAAGCGAGGCGGCGGACAGCGCAGCUCGGAGGACAUGGCUCGGGAGACCCUGGGGCUGCUGCGCCGGAUCAUCACAGACCACCGCUGGAGCAACGCGGGGGAGCUGAUGGAGCUGAUCCGCAGAGAGGGCAGGCGGAUGAUGGCCGCGCAGCCCUCCGAGACCACAGUGGGCAACAUGGUGCGGAGAGUGCUCAAAAUCAUCCGGGAGGAGUAUGGCAGACUCCACGGGCGCAGCGACGAGAGCGAUCAGCAGGAGUCCCUGCACAAACUCUUGACGUCUGGGGGCCUGAGCGAGGAUUUCAGCUUCCAUUAUGCCCAACUUCAGUCCAACAUCGUCGAGGCGAUCAAUGAGCUGCUGGUGGAGCUGGAAGGGACUACGGAGAACAUUGCGGCCCAGGCCCUGGAGCACAUCCACUCCAACGAGGUCAUCAUGACCAUUGGCUUGUCCCGCACGGUCGAGGCCUUCCUCCGAGAGGCUGCGCGCAAGAGGAAGUUCCACGUCAUCGUGGCGGAGUGCGCCCCUUUCUGCCAGGGUCACGAGAUGGCUGUCAACCUGUCCAAAGCAGGCAUUGAGACCACUGUCAUGACUGAUGCUGCCAUUUUUGCUGUUAUGUCAAGAGUCAACAAGGUGAUCAUUGGCACAAAGACCAUCUUGGCCAACGGUGCCCUGCGAGCUGUGACCGGAACCCACACUCUGGCAUUGGCAGCAAAACACCAUUCCACCCCACUCAUCGUCUGCGCCCCCAUGUUCAAGCUGUCCCCACAGUUCCCCAAUGAGGAAGAUUCAUUUCACAAAUUUGUGGCUCCUGAAGAAGUCUUGCCGUUCACAGAAGGCGACAUUCUGGACAAGGUCAGCGUCCACUGCCCCGUGUUCGACUACGUCCCGCCAGAGCUCAUCACCCUGUUUAUCUCCAACAUCGGAGGGAACGCCCCCUCCUACAUCUACCGCCUGAUGAGCGAACUCUACCACCCCGAGGACCACGUCCUGUGACCACGCUCGGCAGGCGGAAACCGCGCAGGCCGACGCGGAUGGAGCGCAGGCCGAGCGAGCGCCGCUGCUGUGAGGCGUCCUCGUGCGCCCAGGGGCAGGGCAGCCUGAGCCCCGCGGGCUGGUCGCCCCCCAUCCCCCGACUCCUGCCGCGUGCGCUCGCAGGGCAGGAGGCUCACCCGCUUGGUUGUGGAGCUGUCGGUGACCUGGCUGCGUCUGCGGCAGGAACUUGGCCUGUUGAGUGGUGGUAUUCAGGACACUGGACACCUUGCUGGGAUACAGACUUUUGCUCGGGAGUGGCCCCCACACCUUUUCACAGGCCGUGCCAAUAAAAGCUCCUCAGGCCUGC